AUGCCUCCAAUGACUGCAUCUUCUUAUAAUUUCCCAUCACUUCCUGCCAUGGUCACCCCACAAGAGAAACCAACACAUUCCAGUGAAACUCGGCCAUUAAGAGAUGAUGAAUAUACCCAAGAUUUUGAAGAGAUGAUUUCAUCCUCUGGAUGCGAUUGUCUCGGGGGACUUUGCUGGUGGCGUCGAAGCAGAAAUGAAGGGCAUGGAUAUCUGCUGCAGGCGGGAGAGAUAAGAGAGACUUGGUUGAAGAAAAAAGCUAAGAAACUGAAAGAGAUGUCAGAGGUUUUGACAGGGCCAAAGUGGAAGAAUUUCAUUCGCAGGUUUAGCAUAUAUGGGAUUAACAAGAAAAGAAGGUCGAUGCAGUUUCAGUAUGAUCCUCAAAGCUAUGAACUUAACUUCGAUGAAGGGAUACACAGGAAAGUUGAUGCUGGAUUCCCUGAUUUCUCUGCUAGAUUUGCAGCCCCAGCAGGGAUACAUAAAGGGGAGCUGGGACAUGAUAAAGCUGGUUUUUGA